AUGGGCGACGUUAUUCCUCAGAGCAUCCCCCGGACUUCCCGAGCCUGGGCAGUCCCCGGCUCAACAAACAUCGCCCUCGCAAAGUUCCCCUCCGCAACCAAAAAGCCCUCCUCCUCAAACCCCCAAGAAAUUGCCACAUCCCUCGUAACCGCCUUCAACACAGCCCUCAAAAACAAGGACCUCACAGCCCUCGCUCGUCUAUUCUCCGAAGACGGUUUUUGGCGCGAUCACCUUGCCCUAUCCUGGAACUUCCGCACCGUCCAAGGCCCUUCUAACAUCCUCUCCUUCCUGAAGUCCUGCUCUGAAUCAAAGGACGGUCUGCGCCUGACCAAGAUUGAGGUCGAUAGCUCAGCUCCUGUGCGAAAGCCCCAGUUUCUGCCUAUCGAUGGCGCUGGUGAAGUCCAGGGCGUACAGUUCUUUUUCGAGAUUGAGACUGUGCGCGGUAAGGGACUUGGUCUUGCGAGGUUGAUUGAGGAGAAUGGCGAGUGGAAGAUUUUCACGUUUUAUACGAGAAUUCAGGAGUUGAAGGGUUUUGAGGAGGCCAUUAAUGAUCAUCGAUCGCGUGGUGUUGAGCAUGGUGGAAAGCCUGGCCGAAAGAACUGGGCGCAGCGACGAGAGGCUGAGGCUGACUUCGCUGAUGGUAGCGAACCUGCUGUUCUGAUCGUUGGCGCUGGUCAAGCUGGUCUCACAGCCGCUGCUCGUCUCAAGAUGCUCGGCGUCGAAGCUCUAGCAAUCGACCAGAACGAUCGCGUUGGCGAUAACUGGCGCAAGCGAUACCACCAGCUCGUUCUCCAUGACCCCGUCUGGUAUGAUCACAUGCCAUAUCUCCAAUUCCCUCCCCAAUGGCCCAUCUUCACACCCAAGGACAAGCUCGCUCAAUUCUUCGAAGCUUACGCCACUCUUCUCGAGCUCAACAUCUGGAUGAAGACUUCCCUCGUUGAGACCAAGUGGGACGAUGCUAAGAAGCGAUGGGAUGUCACCGUUGAGCGCACCAAGGAUGAUGGUACCAAGGAGCGACGAACUCUGCACCCUCGUCAUCUCAUCCAGGCUACUGGUCACUCUGGCAAGAAGAACAUGCCUGACAUGAAGGGAAUUUCCGACUUCAAGGGAGAUCGUCUCUGUCACUCUUCUGAGUUCUCUGGUGCUCGUGAUAACAGCCAGGGUAAGAAGGCCAUCGUUGUUGGAUCCUGCAACUCUGGCCACGACAUCGCUCAGGAUUUCCUUGAGAAGGGCUACGACGUCACAAUGGUCCAACGCUCUAGCACCCACGUCGUGUCCUCCAAGGCCAUCACCGACAUUGGUCUCAAGGGCGUCUACUCCGAAGACGGUCCCCCCGUUGAUGACGCCGAUCUUCUCAUCCACGGCCUUCCCAUUCCCGUGUUCAAAGCCCUCUCUGUCACAACGACCAAGAAGCAAGCAGACUUCGACAAGGACAUUCUGUCCGGUCUCAACAAAGCUGGUUUCAAAACUGACGCUGGUCCCGAUGACGCCGGUCUUCUGCUCAAGUACUUCCAGCGCGGAGGCGGCUACUACAUCGACGUCGGUGCUUCUCAACUCAUCGCCGAUGGUAAAAUCAAGGUCAAGCACGGACAAGAGAUCGAGACUGUUCUGCCGCAUGGACUGAGAUUCGCGGAUGGCUCUGAGCUCGAGGCUGAUGAGAUUGUGUUUGCGACGGGAUAUCAGAACAUGAGAACGCAGACGAGGGUCAUGUUUGGGGAUGAGAUUGCGGACAAGGUGAAUGAUGUUUGGGGCUUCAAUGAUGAGGGUGAGAUGAGGACUAUUUGGCAGAAGAGUGGACAUCCUGGAUUCUGGUAUCAUGGCGGUAACUUGGCUAUGUGCCGAUACUACUCUAAGUUGCUGGCGCUGCAGAUCAAGGGAUUGGAAGAGGGUCUGUAUGGUUAUGACGAUAUUUGA